CGUACGGAUUUCUCGCUCUAAAUAUUUUAUUUCAUUCUUUUUUAUGGGACGAUACUGCGAUCUCUCUAAAGCGACUCAAGCAAGCGCAGGUACUUCUUUGUGAUGAUAUGGAUAUCAAAGAAAUUGAAAAUCCGACGAUGGUUUCGGUUGGUUCUGAGAAAGCCAGCAUGGACAGCAAGGGAAAGAAUAUAAUAUGCUAUGAUAAGAAGUGGGAAGACCAAUUGGAGGAUGCUUCAGGCAGUGAUCAUGGAAAUACUGUUAGUUUAGCAGGGUCCGAAGAUAAUUAUGAGUUUAACUUGUCAUAUAAUUAUGAUGAUGGGGAUUAUGAUGACUACACUGAUGAUGUUUCUGAUGAUUGCGAUAAUCAUGAAUACUUAUAUGAAGAUGAUUACUGGAUUAUGCAAUCCCAUUUUGAUAAUGUGGAUCUUUCUCCGGGGGUAGAGGCUUCACUUAACUUGUUGAAAGACUCUUCUUUAAUUGAAGAUAUGCAACAACAACUCAAGGCUGUCGCGGCUUCCUUUAAUCUACUUGGAAUCAAGAAGGAAGCAAUAUUAGAUGUUAAUGAUGGACUGAAGUCAGCUUCUACCAGUACUGUAAUGGUCCCAAGGGAGUCAGGGUUUGAACAGAAAGAAAGAAAUGAAGAACAUAUAAUGCAAAAUUUUCGAAGUUUCAAACAUUUUGAUGUUGUGGAUGUUUUCUCAAGCCAUCGUUACCGCAACUUGACCUCAUCUGGACAGACGUAUCCAAAGGAGUAUGCAAAGCGAAUUCAAGAGGAGUGGAAAAUUCUGGAGAGUGGCUUACCAGAAACAAUAUAUGUGAGAGUUUGUGAAGCAAAUAUGGGUCUUUUAAGAGCUGUCAUUAUGGGACCUUCUGGUACUCCAUACCAUGAUGGCCUUUUCUUCUUUGAUUGUUUCUUCCCUCCAAAAUAUCCUAAUGAGCCACCGAUGGUUUAUUACUAUUCCGGCGGUCUCCGGUUAAAUCCAAAUUUGUAUAGCUGUGGUAAAGUAUGCCUAAGCCUUUUGGGCACUUGGCAUGGUGAAGAGACUGAGAUGUGGGUUCCAGGCCAAUCAACCAUGCUACAAGUUUUGGUUUCCAUACAAGCCCUGAUUCUGAAUGCUAAACCCUUCUUUAACGAGCCUGGUUUCGAGAUUUCGUAUGUUGGGGCCGAAGGUGAAAAGAGGUCCAGGAAGUACAAUGAGGAUGCAUUUGCUCUGUCCUUGAAGACAAUGAUUUACACUCUAAGAAGACCGCCGCAGCAUUUCGAGGACUUUGUCGCCGGUCAUUUUCGCUCCCAUGCACGUGACAUUAUCAUGGCUUGUGAAGCAUAUAAAGAGGGUGCUGCUAUCGGCUCCGUUCUGGUUAAAGAUUGCGUAACAGACCCUAAUAAAACCGAAAACAGUAGCUCCGAGAGAUUUAAAAGAACAAUGACGAAGAUGAUCGAUACAAUGGUGAAGGUGUUUGUGGAAAACGGGUCAACCUACGAGCAGUUUCUGAAUUCAAGUACCUGAUAUCAUUCGGAGAAGAUUAAAGUCAUCGUGAAAGGUUUAUAACUCAGUUGAAUUAUGAAAAGGUUCUUGUUUUUGGUAAAUAGAA